AUGGUUUACUUCAAUAGCCCUGAGCUGGCCCAAUGCUUAUUUGUUAAAUUUUGGUGCUCAAACUCCAGUUCUUCAUGCCUAGGUGAAUGACUGAAUUUUUGGAAGUACCAAACUUGAGCAUUGGUCAUGGAUGCAUGAUCUGGACUUGCCUACAGCUUCUUUCAGGACACAGAGCUAAAUCAAACCCAAGUUCCUUCUUCCUCCUAUAUAUACACUCACACCACUGAAUGGAAUAAAGAACCAGGAGCCUAUUCCAGCCCUAUGGGGAAGGAGCUGAUGAGUGAGUACACAAGAUGGGUGCGGUGAGUCAAGCAAGUAUGAGCCAAAUAGCAUAGGGCGGGUGCACUUCUGGAACAGGCCUGGAGUCAAAAGAGUCAGGAAACUGUAGCUGGCAUUUCACAGAUGCCAGACUCAAGGGUUCCAUAAUCUGGACCCAGAACUCCAGAGUCAUGUGGUUUAGAAGCAGAUAAUGAAAAACCCGAGUUGUUUUCCUUCCCCUCCUGGUUUCUGAAUCUUUCGAGGCCCGCCGCGACUCUUCCGAAACUUUCCUCUGCUGCAGAGCGCGCUUCCAGCCGAACUCCCGAACUCCACAUUUUUCUGCUAUCGAGGGCGUUGGCCUUUUGUUUCAACGCCCACCUAAGAGCCUGAACUCCGAGAGAACAGCUUGUCUGAAUCCUCAAGGCCCUCGAGAGGGCGGUUUCCCUUGGACGGAGCAGGGCGAAGAGGACGCGGGGCUCGGCUGCAGAAGUCUCUCCCACCCCACCCGUCGUCCCACUGCCGCCUGGGGCUUAAGGCACGGGACACCGAAAUAGUUUCAGGCGGGAGCUAUGCGGGGCGGGCGGCGUCCCUAGCACGAAGUUGCAGUCGGGCAGGGCUCUGUUAUGCUGUACCCGUGGCCCGGCCCUCUCUUGGCAGGGAACCGCCGCCUUCGCCUCUCCCCUCCCCUCUCCAGUCCCACUUGAGCGCGCUCGGCGGGCGCCCCCUUCGUCGCGCGGGAGGGACAGGAAAAGAGGCAGAGCCUCCCUGGGCCCGGAGGAGGGUGGAGGAAGGAGGAGGGCUGCAUCCGAAGAAGAGCGCCCCACGAUGGGAGAGGGAGUCGCCCCGGCGGCGGAAAGAGUUGUGAACAUGUUGAGCACUGGAAAAGAACAAGCAGAGGAUGCAUCAUGAUCUCCAGACUCACUGUCACAAAAAGCUGGUAUCUUCCACAUUAAUGGAAGAGUUGGAUUGUUUAAGCACACUACAUGCUUUUUGCUUCUACAUGGCAUCUGAAACUCAAUACAGCAAAUCAAGAGAAAACAAUUCCUUCUUUUUUCUUCAAGUGGGCUGAAGUUCUACAGUUCUACCUCUAACAUUUAUUUAGACUGAGAGAAGGGGAGCAAUUUUUCAUCAGUACGGUACUUUUUGUGUGGGAGAUAACUUUUCAGUAUCUCAAUAAAUAAUGAAAUGUAAUCAGUGUGCCAUAAUUUAGCCUUGCACAUUUCACUGGUUAAGUUAAAUUUCUCACAGACAGCAGCUACCUUACAGUUGACAAUGGAUUACUUUUUCCCCAUUUUAAGAUUAUUUUCUUAGUUAACAGAAUCAGUCUUAGCUCAGUUUAUAGUGCAGCCAAUUAAAAUUCUCAUUAUGGCAGUAACCUAUAGACGUGUAAUAACAACAGUGAAUUGUUAUAGCAGUGUUGUGAUAGAUCGUCGACUUCAACAUGCUGUGCAUUACUGUACAGGGGCAUGUCAGGUAUUUAAGCAAGGAGUUGCAUGCAUAGUAGCCCACCACAGUGUUUGUGCAGAGCUAAUUAAAGUCCCUGCACACAACCUUAGAGGUUCAGAUCUGACCCACAGACUUUCAAUGCCUGAAAAUUCCCUUUCUUUGGCUGGGGAUGAAGAUUAUCAUCAAAUCCUUCCUAGUAACCCAAGGCUCAAAAAGGGGUCUUCAGUUCAAAACGCUGCAAGUCUGAAAGAUAUCACUGGAGAAGCCAUAAAUCUCGCUAGUGGGAAAAUAAAAGAAUUUUCAUUUGAAAAACUCAGAAAUUCUCCCAAUCAAGUAACCUAUAGAAAGGGAAGAAAAGUUAAGUCAGACCCAUUCAAUAGAAGGUCACUAGAUUUUGACUUGAUCUAUGGCCAUUUCAGCAAUGAUGAAAAUUCCCCUCCUCCCUUUGGCCUGUCACAUAAUUCCUCAACAGAUGAGAAAUGGCAGGUCAGCAGCACCUCAGUAGAGGGAAAUGUGAAUUCUACAGUUUCCUUACCAAUGCAGACUCUCUAUGAGGAUAGCUUUCUUGCACAGAUUUUGGAAAAGCACAAGCUGGAUGGUUCUUCUAGUGGAGAUAUUAAGAUGUGCUUGGACAUCUUACUCAAAUGCUCUGAGGACUUGAAGAAGUGUACUGAUAUAAUAAAGCAAUGCAUCAAGAAGAAAUCUUCAGGGAGUGCCAGUGGAGAAAGUGGUAAUGAUUCCUUAGCCAAUUCUGAAAUGAUAUAUAUGAAUUUGAUGUCACGAUUUUCUUCUUAUAUUAAAAAACUGCCUUUUGAGUUUAGACAGUCUGGGCUAACUGAGCCUGGUGACAUGGUAGAACUAAUUAAUAGCCUAUCUGCUUUGCAGCCGUCUAAUUUUCCUCCAGUAUUUGGCAAUGAACAGCCACCUAGAUACGAAGAUGUUGUGUCCUCCCCAUCCUUUGUGCCAAGGCAAUCUCUCACUUCAAACUUACGAGGUAACCAGAACAGCACUGACACAAACUCCUCAGCAAAACCUACCCACACUCCAAUAGAGAUUUCUUCAAAAGUUUUGCAGGAAAACUUAGAAUCUACAAAUGAUGCUUGUGCGCUACCUCAGUUACUAUCUGUAAACCCGUCAGGCUGCAUUUCUCCCACAGAAACUCUGUACAUUAUGGAAGAAUCAGAUAGAGAAAAGGCAUUGGGCAGUGUAUCAAGUGUUAAGAGGAGAGGAAGACGGGUUAAUUCAGACAGCAAUGAGCAGAAAACAGAAAGGGCAGACUCUGCUGGAAAUUCAACUAAAACAUCACCUGCUUUAUUUCAACCUGUAAUGCUGCCCCAAACCUCUACCCAAGCAACCUCAGACACUCAAGGAUUUGAUUGUACUGUUCAGAUUUUUAAAGGUGAAUCCAGAAAAAAUAAUCAAGAGGAAAUAGACAAACUUCUCCUGGAUUUGGAACAUUUUUCACAGAAAAUGGAGGCUACUCUGAGAGAGACUACCAGUAAGACUAGUCCUGCAUGUUUGAAGCAUAUUAGCCAACCUUUGACUCUGGAAAAUAAAGGCAAAGUCUGUUCACCUGUAGACAAAAGUCCUUCUCCCUCUUUAUCAAAACUUAUGGAAACCAAUGGUCAUAAAAUGGAGGAUGAAGACAAAACCCUUUUAUUGCGAAUUCUGGAGAGUAUUGAAGACUUUGCCCAGGAACUAGUAGAAUUCCGAAUGGGCAAAGGAAGCUUAUCAAAAGAGAAGGAAGUGAUGCACAUUCUUCAGGAAACUUUGGCUGCUCCCUCCAUCACAGCUGCUCAGCAAAGCUACAUAGGUACAUCUGCCAAAGAGCCUGUCCCAGCACUUAUUCAACAGAUGCCAGAGGUUAUAAAGGUCCAAAAUAAGCAGGAGAAGAAACCUGUGACUACAUCCCCAGUGCCCGCAAUUUCAGCAGUCAGCUCACAGGCACUUCUGCCUGCGAAUAAAGUAACUGUUGGUACGCCCUUGUCCAUAAACAUUCCACGUUUCUACUUCCCCAACGGACUUCCUAAUGUCUGCAGUAGUCAUGAGGAGACCAUUGCCAAGGUUGAGGCAACAUUUUCUGAGUUUGAAGAUGAGAGAGUACCACUUAAUGAAAUGGGGAAAAUUGCAAAGAUAUGCUGCUGCCCUCUGUACUGGAAAGCUCCCAUGUUCAAUGCGUCAGGGGGAGAGCGGACAGGAUUUGUAUCUGUACAUUCAUUUGUGGCCAUGUGGAGAAAGAUACUACACAACUGCCAUGAUGAUGCAUCAAAAUUCAUUUGCCUUUUAGCAAAACCCAGCAGCAACUAUUUGGAACAAGAAGAUUUCAUCCCUUUACUGCAGGAUGUAGUCGAAACUCAUCCUGGGCUGACAUUUCUGAAGGAUGCCCCAGAAUUUCAUUCCCGCUACAUUACUACGGUUAUUCAAAGAAUAUUCUAUACAGUCAAUAGAUCCUGGUCUGGGAAAAUAUCCCUAACAGAGUUGAGGAAAAGCAACUUUCUGCAGACCCUAGCUCUCUUGGAGGAAGAGGAAGACAUAAAUCAAAUCACUGAUUAUUUUUCCUAUGAGCACUUCUAUGUUAUUUACUGUAAAUUCUGGGAACUGGAUACUGACCAUGAUCUCUACAUCAACCAGAAAGAUCUGGCUAGAUACAAUGAUCAAGCUCUGUCAAACAGGAUUAUAGAGAGAAUAUUCAGUGGAGCUGUGCUUAGAGGAAUUCAAGUGCACAAAGAAAACCACAUGAGCUAUGCAGACUUUGUAUGGCUUCUAAUUUCUGAAGAAGACAAAAGAAGUCCCACAAGUAUUGAAUACUGGUUCCGCUGCAUGGACUUGGAUGGGGAUGGCAUGCUCUCCAUGUAUGAACUGGAGUAUUUUUACGAGGAGCAGUGUGAGAGGAUGGAAUCCAUGGGCAUUGAGCCACUGCCAUUCCAUGACUUACUGUGCCAAAUGCUUGAUCUAGUGAAGCCAGAGUGUGAGGGAAGAGUAACUUUGCGAGACUUGAAAAGAUGCAGAAUGGCUCAUGUAUUUUACAACACAUUCUUUAACCUGGAAAAGUACUUGGACAAUGAACAGCGGGAUCCCUUUGCUGUGCAGAAGGAUGUUGAGAAUGAUGGUCCUGAACCCUCUGACUGGGACAGAUAUGCUGCUGAGGAGUACGAAAUUCUUGUUGCUGAAGAGUCUGGCAAUGAACAGUUACAAGAAGGAUCUUUUGAUGACGACUAUGAAACAGAUGAACUCUUAUCACUACCUGAAAUUGAAGAAAAGUCAGAUCACUUAGUUAUCUCAGAUCUAUCAACCUAAACAUAUUGAAGAGGUGUCUCCAAGGUCUGUUGAUACUAAAUGGGAGAGUCCUCAGUUCUUACAUUUCAGGAAUUACUUCAUUCUUUUCCUUGAGAAAAUAACCAACAUUUGAAACCAUAACACCAUCUUUUAAAAAAUAAUAAUAAUUACUUGCUUCUGCGGUUUGGUAACUUCCAGCAGUAUGGUAAUGUGUGUGGAUAUGGGUGGGCUUCCGCAGGCAUAUUUAGAAACUGUAGAGAAGCUAGAAGGGCUACACUGUACAACGAAGCAUGGAAAGGGUUGAAAAGAAUCCAUGGUUGUAGAAAACCAAAGAAUUUAAAACAAGUUGAAGAAAUUAUUUCCUGCCUCAUGGAUUCUUUUCUCUUCUUUUUAUACUUAGAAACUGAACCUUCCGCUUCCUUCUCACCUUGCUACAUAAUUGUGACAAAAACUACAUGUUUUUCUAGAAAUAUUUUCAGAUUACUCCACUAGAUAAGCAUCACAGGAAGAUUGUCAAUGAAUAGGCGGGGGGGAGGGGAUGUCCCAAGAGUUUAUUUAAAUCCAAUAUAAAGCUACUGGGUUUGUUUGUUUUUUAAAGUUUAUUCUAGAAAAAUCCAGGCUAUUUGAUCUUAUUUUGCCUCUCUCCACAUGAGGAGCUUUCCUUUUCUUACGGCUUUUCCAACAAAGUACAAGAGCCCCUCAUACCUGUUUAGUCUUAGCGAAUGCAAUACUCCUACAAAUCUCUGUAGAAAGAUCAUGGCACACAUAUCCCCACAUAAUCAAGCGGUUACUGCAAGGAAAUAACCAAAAACACUGCUGCAAGAAAUAGCAUAGCUCUUUCCUGCAUUUUUCACCAUUUUUUUUAGCUUUUAAAACUAAAAUCUAGGGUGCGAACCUCUCAUGAAUGAGAGAUGCGGGGUAUAUGCCCAACCAAAUACUAAACAAAAACCCUGAUAGAGCAGCAAAAUUGACUGGAGCUCAGAAAGCUCCAUUAAAAUCAGUGACACCCUCACCGCCCCAAAAGUUUGGGCAGGCUAAACAGUAUGGAUUGUAAGUUUGGAUACUUUGGUAUUUAACUUGCUUUUGUCUUAAUUCUAUAAUAGAAUGUGUUAAAAUAAUAGGAAUAAUCAUGCAUUGAAUUAUAGGAAAUUGUUUGCACUUUUUUCAGAUACAAGAUCAAAUUUAAGAAAUGCCAGCAUACCAAAUUUAACUUCCUCUGCUAUAGGUUAACAUUGUACUAGAGUUUUGGAACCUAAUUUCAGUGCCAGUCCUGGAGCAUGAAUACUGCACUGUAUAACAACAAUCUGGAAGAGUGUAUUUGAGCAGCUGUCUGGAUUGUUGAUGCAGGAGUAUGACUCUCGCUUACGGUGUGAGGCCUCUGAGGUUCAUCUCAGUGAUUUGCCUUGGUCACAAACAGAAGGGGCCUGUCCUUUACCCUGUGUUCUUUAUCUGUACACAUGCGUACACAUAUACACCAUUUUAUGGAAGUGCCAGGUGCAGUGACUGAGCACAUGCUUUGCAUGCAAAAGGUCCCAGGUUGAGUCUCUGGCAUUCCCAAGCAGGGCUGGGAAAGAAUCCCAUGUAAAAACAUGGAAAACUGCUGCCAGACAGUUCUGAGCCAGAUGGACCAAUGAUCUGAUUCAGCAUAAGGCAUGUUCUUGUGCAGAGCCGUUUUUCUGCACUACUAAUUACUUAAGCAAAACCGUUUGUAGUUGGAAUUAGAGAAGUGGAAGUUUUUUGGUCAGAGGCUUGUGGUGCUCUCUAUAAUAACAACAAAUUAACAUUUUUAAAGCUGGUUUUCAAUAAAUAUAUAUUUUAAAUAAAUAAAUAACCUCAAUCAAGUUUUAAUUCCAGACCAGGCAUUAGCAACAGAGCUUAUAAGAGGGGUUCUAGAAUGAAAACCCCUUGAUUUACAGUCUGAUAAAUGGUGCAAAUGAUAAACAAGUAUGGGAUUUAUCACUUUUUAAAAAGACUGCUGAUGAUAAAGAUAAAAGACAGAAAAUGUUUUCAUUUCCAUGUCAUCUAUACCAUUUAUAUUCACACUCACUUUUUUGGGGGGAUUUGUAAUUUUAGGAAAAUUGGAGGAUCCCAUAAUUCUGAGUUGUUGGAAGAAAUAUUCAGUUCCCCGCUCAUUUCCCCCAGAGUAUUAGAUUUUAUCUCAUAGCAUUUGUGCUAGCUAUGCAGUUCACAAGAUUUUAUCCAAACCUUUGAUUCCAUGCAAUUCUUCAUUAGUACAUCAGUUGGUUUUAUAUAUACUAUUACUAUUCUAGAGCAAACAUUGGAGAAAGGAGUUGGUAAAAUGCAACUUUUUUAUAUAGUAUUUUUAGUGGAACUGACACUAUGAUUUCACCAAUAUUUUUGAGCAACUAUUUUAAGUUAGCAUUAUUCCACAUUAGAGUGGUUAUUGCCAUGCUACACCUGCGACGUCCAGCCUCCCAACGCAGCUGCGUACUGAACAAGACUUUAGACUAGUCUCAUGCAAGUUUGUAGACUGGUCUGCUGUUUGGAAAGGUUUACUGCACUCCUGUUACAAUUCCAAUCAGGAAUGGUUUAAUUUGUCAAUAUGUUGUUCCUCACCCUCCUCCACCCACGCCAUGUAGUUUGUGUGAAUAACCGUAUUCUCUAGAGAAUCCAAACACGGCAUCUUAAAUAAGCACAGGCUUCGCAUAAAAUGUUUCCUUGGUGUUCCCAGGAUCUAUUUCACACCACUGCUAACUCAUUUAAACUGUUGUUCUGCUAAGCUGGUGCUCUAGAGGCACCCCGUUUUAAAAUUAUGCAUACUUCUUUAGCUAAACACAGUUAUGCUUAUUUUCAUUUUUGAAAGAAAAAAAAAAGGUUAACUUGAGCUGCCAUAUCUUACUUGCCAUAAAGUAAAUGGCAGAGGCAAUUUAUUAGCAUCGUUUCACUUGAAGCCAAUAGUGUAGAUAUGCAGAUAACUUUAGUGAAUAAUUUUAUAAGUGGUAAUCCGUUAGGUUACCACUUACAUUUAGCACUACAUUUGAAUAGGAAUGAUGUGUCAACAGGUCAACUGUAUGCAAAUUUGUAUUCAAAAACACUGUAAAAUUUUCUGUAUUGUAAAAAUAAAUAAAUGCUCUUAUGGAAUACUUGUAGCCUAAUUGGAGCAUAACUAGGAGCUAGACUCCCUAUGUUUUAUUCCCAGUUCUGCAAAGCACCUGCUAUGCACCACUAGUAAAAGCUUGUUGAACUUUUGCACGUGUGCAAAAAUACCUUUUGGACAACAGUCUGUAAAGGUUCUUUUAGUCAAAUUUUGAACGUUUUGUUUUUAUCUGCUCUUAAUGCUGUAUAUCGGAUUUCUUGUCUGCAGAGUAGAAAUAAUAACACCUACCUCAUAUGAAAGGGGUUAGUAUAAUUCAGUCUGCUAUAUUGCAGAAAUUCCUUUCAAUAAACUGCUCAAGCAAUACUUGUUUGGUGAUGCAUGUCCUUUAAUGCCUAUUUGGACAAAGUUUGUCUUCCACUGGUUAAAGUGGGAUGAGAGAGACACAUGGUUACUAAAAAUGAAUGCUGCAAUUGGUAUCAAGUUUUUAGGCAGUGUUCAUGUUUUGGAGGUGCCUCACGCACUUUGUACCUGAUUUUUCUACUUUAUUUGGGCCGCCACUGAGAGGCAGUAUUGUGCAGAAGGCACAGAGCUGAGCCGAGUAUCAGGUUCAUUGGAAAGAGUGAUUUUUUGUAAAAUUGGACAAAACUGUCUGGAUUUAACACAAAAGCUCUCCCAAGAUCGCUCCAAGAGCAUCUUGCGUUUAGCUUAAAAUAUAUAGCCUUAAAAGACCAAAAAGUUCAUCCACAAUGCCAAAAUAACUCUUGGGUCUAAGAAUAUCUUUGAGUAUCACAGUAUGUGAAGUCUAUGCAAAAAUAUUUUUUAAUGAAGGUCACAGAGACUAUAAACACUAAAUAAUUUGGAGAAAUGCUUGUAAUUAAUGUUUAUUCAUGUAUUUUAACGUGCUUUGUUGUUAUGUGUUAAGGUUUGCAGGAACUAAGAUGUACACACAAAAAAGUUGUGGAACUUGUUUGACACAGUUGUCCGAGGAUUACUUGUGCUGGGCAAGGCUUUGCCUUAGCUAUUUUCCUUUGUAUUUCCUUUUUUGCAAUUAAAAAUAUUUUUAAAAAUA